AUGUCACAAACUGCGCGAGUGGUCUUUACCCGCCACCGGAAUAAACUUCUCUUUGGACCCGAGACUUGGGCAGACUCACCAUUGCGACAACUUGAUACCCUCUACACGAAUACCCAUACGCCCAUUGGCUUUCUUGCACUUGAGCUUGGAUCUGAUAACAAGCUCUCCUCGACCACGAAGCAGGGCCAAUCCCUACCCGUUCCAGUCUACCACACUCACAGUACGGGGCACCGCCCAGACCUGACCGGGCCCUUUCCACGAUGGCGGAGCCACCUGCAAAGCGCGCUCGUCGAGUCGACAGCGCGGCCAUGUGGGAUUCAAAUGAUAACCAGCCCCGCGGAUCAGACCCGGAGUCAGCUCGCGACCGCAGAACUUCACCACCGCGAGACGAUCGACGCGACAGCCGAUAUCGAUCACGCUCACGAGAACGUAAGGACAGAAGGCGAGAACGGAGCUGGUCUCGGGAUCGUCGCGAUAGAGACCGGAGGGACGGAGACAGAGAUGGGCGCGGGGCCCAGGAUCGGAAGAGGAGCAUCAGCCGGGAGCGCGAUUAUGACAGACGAGUUCCGCGACCGCUCGCGUUCUCGAUCCCCCGCUCGGUAUGGCACACGGGUCCGUUCACCUCCUCGGGGCCCCAAGAGCGAUCGCAGAGACCCUCGAUCGCGAGAGGAUCCUCGGAAAGCAAAUGGCGCAUCGGAAGCGCCUCGCCAUGAAGAUGAGAUGGACGUGGACAUCAACGAGGAUGCGGACGAGGACGAGAUCGAGGCGCAAAUGCGCAAGGCCAUGGGAUUCACUCGAUUCCGCACUACAAAGAACACCAAGAUUCCCGGAAACGACAUUUACGGUGUGCGGAAGGAGAAGAAGAUUGAGUACAGACAGUACAUGAACCGCCAGGGCGGUUUCAACCGGCCGCUCAGUCCCUCGCGAUGA